UCUGACGUGUUGGCAACAGGUUCCACUGGCAGCGAGGGGAGCAUUUCCCCGUUCUCCACGUUCAGCUCAUUGAAUAAAACCUUCUCAGCGAUGUCUGGAGUUUCUGCAGCCACACGGAACCGAAACCUCCCGAACAUCUGAGCGAGGAGCAAGUCAAAAUUUGGCUCAUCUUCGCAGAAACAGGAAGCGUGGAGAAUAUGAGCACUCCUUCGACUGACCGAAAGCCCCAGGUGGAUUAUGGCGUUCAGAUUCGCUUCAUUAAAGACCUCCAUGACACAGGUGGAGGCUAUGUGGAAAAGUCAAAGAUAAACGGCGCAAGUCCCUCGUCCAGCAAAUACGGGGUGGCCGUACGGGUUCAAGGAAUUUCUGGACAGCCUUAUGUGGUGCUAAAAGAUGGACAGAAAGGUGACUCGUAUGGAGUUCAGCUGACUAACCCCACCCCCAGUCCUACUUCAGGACCUCCAUCGCCCUACAACAGUGUCCCCAAACUCAAAAAAGAGCCGUCAGAAUUCACAAGGCCCUUCAGCCCAGUUGUGAGUACUCCCCAUUCCCCUGUUUCACCACCAGCAGAAGAUGAAGAUGGGGAAAUUUUUGGGAGCCCUCUCAAAAGACCUCCAGGUGAUGGUCAAGCAGGAACACAGGCAGAGGAGGAAGGUGGAGCUGGGCGGGAACGAGCAGUGGAGAGGCCAAAAUCGGAACCCACAUUCAAAGCGCCCCUCAGUGAACUGGAGGAAAAAAAAGAUAGGACUGAUGAAGAGGAGUAUAAUGAAGCUGGCCUGAAAUCUGUAAAAUCAAGUGCUGUGGGACCUAAAAGGUUUAAACAAACUGGCUCUGGGUUCUCUAACUCUUUGGGUCGGUACAGCAGAAAGAAACUGUGCUCCAAUUCUUCUCCUCAACCCUUCCCAGAAAUUCCACCACUGAUUGACAGUGAUCCGGUCCAAGCGAUUGACACUAACUCAUUGGCUCCAAUCAACAAACUUAUCAGUAAGUUCAACAACGGCAGUGCUCCACAAACCAGAGGCCGCUCUGGUGCAAGGCAGCGGCUGAGAUUCGACGAACGAAGGAGGUCCAGGAGUCUUGAUGCCAGAAAAGAUGUAGAGCCAGAAGUUACCCAUCCACUUCCUAAAUCUCCUAUUCUCAACCCCUAUGCUGCUUCAGUAUCUGCCUCCUCUAGUUUAUUGAAGUCAUCUGCUCCAGGAAGUAGCCUGGGAAAGAGUCCCGUAUCUGCUACCAAGGUGGUGGCAGUCAAUGCCCCUAAGGCAAGCUUUAAGCCACCUGAGAAGUUUGUUGCCAAGGAUGGCCCUCCAGCCAUUGCAAGAAAGCCUAGUCCGAGUCAAAGCACAGAGGUCAUUAAUUGGGAGGAGGCUCACGUCAAGCAGGCUAUUUACAACAUCCUAAAAGAAGGCACUAUGGAGAGUGAAGGAUCCCUUCAAAGAAAAGUCAACCUUGUCUAUGAGACAACCGACAGACCGAAGAAAGGAGAAUCUGCUGGAAGCGUCAAAAAGAAUCUGGAGAGUCUUCAGAAGCAACUUGAACGCUGCAAGAAGGAACUGGACCUGGCAAAUGACGAACUUUCUGCAGAGCGCAUUGACAAAGAACUGGCUGAAUCCCGUCUGCACCUUCAAGAAGACCAGCUGGCUCAACUUCAGGAGGAGUUGAGGAGGGUUUCAGACAAUUUACCCCAGUCAGACUCCUUUCAGACGGAUUUGGUGAACCUGCAGGCCCAGCUUGCUGAGACCACCACGCUGCUCCGGCGCCAAGACGAGGUGCUUCACCAGCGAGAGCGGGAGCUAACGGCGCUGAAGGGAGCGCUGAAGGAGGAGGUGGAAUGUCAUGACCGAGAGAUGGAGGCUCUGAGGGAGCAGUACGGCGUGGAUAUGGAGAGCCUGAGAAAAUCCAUGGAACAGUUCACACAGUCCCAGGAGCUGAUUGAAGAGGAGCGUGAGAAGGUGAAUGCCUCCUUGUUGACGCUGGAGGAAGAGCUGGAGAGCAGCAGAGAUCAGGGGGAGCAGUGGAGGGCGGAGCUGGAGACGACGGCGCGAGAGCUGCAGAACGCCAAGCUGGAACUGAAAAAAUCUGUUUUGGAGAAGGAAAAGGCUGAAGACUCCCUGAAGGAUGCUCGAAGUUCUUUGCUUUCUUUGAAGAAAGAAAAGUCUGCGUCUGCCGAUAACCUUUCUUUAAAGGAGGAGCUUCGUCGUUGUCAUGACGACCUGAAGCAGGCUCGUGCCGAUCUGGACAAGCUAAAAGGCGAGAUAGACGAGAAGAAUGAGGCACUCGAAGCCCUGAGGAGGGCGAGUGAUGAGAAGGAGGCGGAGCUUCGGUUGGACAUCAGCAGGCUGAAGGAGCAAUUUCAGAAAGACAAGGCCGAGCUGGAAAAGUCAUCAGCUGGGUCUGCAGGAAGGACCGAAGUGGACCAUGCUACCAGCCUGCAGGAAGAAAACCCUCGCCUUCGAGAGAGGCUGACCCGCAUGACAAGGCUUCAGUCCAGUCUGCCGCGGAGCUCCAAUGCCGAAGAGGAGCUGGAAGCUCUGGAAGAUGACAACCGUUCCCUGAAGGCUCAGCUCGAGGAGGCCAAGAGGGGUGCCACCCAGCUGGGCAAGGAGAAGGACGAGCUGACCCGGCGCCUGGAGGAGAGGGACCUGGAGAGAGAGGCACUGAGGAGGGGCAAAGGCGACCUGGAGGAGCAGAAACGGCUGCUGGACCGAGCAUUGGAGAAGCUGAACAAGGAGAUGGAGGUGAUGAUGGGAGACUCGCGUCAGUCGGUGGCCACCCUGCAGACCCAGCUGGAGGACUUCAGGGAGCGAUCGAGGAAGGACCUGCUGGAGGCGCAGAGGAACAACAAGGACAGGCUGGCUGAGCUGCAGAGGGCUCAGAAUAACCUGAAGGCCCAGCAGGAGGAGGUUUCCCGUCUGAAGAAGGAGCUGCUGACGUGCAGUGAGGAGAGAGACAGCGCUCAGCUGGAAAGAGACCUCCUCAACAACCGUCUGAAGCACCUAGAGGGCGAGCUGGAGUCAGAAAAGAGCUCACACACCGACCGCAGCCGCGAGAUCAGAUCCCUGGAGGAUAAAGUUAAAACUCUGGAGUUGGAGGUGGACGAGGAGAGGAGCAGCGUGGAGCUACUGAAUGAUCGCAUAAGCCGAACCAGAGAUCAGGUGGAUCAGCUGCGAUCUGAGCUGAUGCAGGAGCGCUCGGUCAGACACGACCUGGAGAUGGACAAGAGCGCUCUGGAGCGACAGGUGAAAGAGUUAAAGUCCCGCGUCGCCGACAUGGAGGGACAGACUCGACCGUCGGCUGCAAUCACGCUGCUGGAAAACAAGAUUCAGGAGCUGGAGGAGCGGCUGCGCAGCGAGGAGCGAGAGAAGAGCAGCAUCCAGGCGUCCCAGAGAAGGAUGGAGAGGAAACUGAAGGAGCUAAAUGUCACAUUGGACCAGGAGAGAAGCCAACAUGUUGAGCAGAAAGAUCAGCUGACCCUCCGUGUUAAAGCCCUGAAGCGGCAGGUGGACGAGAGUGAAAGUGAGGUGGAGCGCUUGGAAGGAGUCCGCCGUAAAGUCCUCCGGGACCUGGAGGAGCAGCAGGAGCUCCAGGAGGCUCUGCGGGCAAAGGUCACAGCGCUCGAGAGCGAGCUAAAGCGAAAGGCUCAGCAGACGCACCGGAUCGCUCUGAGCUCGUCCACCUUAAGCUCUGAUGAUGAGGAUGACUUCUCUAUGGCGUCACCUUCGUCCUGAACCAGAACUGAGGGAUGAAGAGGACAGAUCUAAAACCUCCUUGUGUAGCAGAUUUUUUUCUUUAGUUUUGACAUCUGCUGUGGUUUAUUCACAAAUCUGAUAUUUGUUUUUGUUUUUUCACAUAUUUAAAAAAGAUUUUGCGACCACUGUGCUGUGUGGUUUUUCUCUGUUUGUUUUUUUAAAGACUCCUCUGCAUGUUUUAAAGCAGUCUACUACCAGAUCAGGCUGCAGAUUUCACCUAAAAUAAAAGAAUCUAAAUCGGUGCUUUUUGCUGUUGCAUGAUAAAUUAUUUCUGAAUGUAUUCAUUUUGUGAUUAUUUGUUUUUUUACCUUUGGACUGUGACCAUCUUUAAACUGAGCCUGUAUUAUAUUACUCCAGACAAUCAGAGCCAAAUCAAUGUCACCCUGUAAUACUUUUAUUUUGUAAUUUAAAUUUUCACAUCUACGUGCGCGUCUUAACUCUGACGCCUUACCGUCACGAUAGAACUCCCCUCACAUUGCUGCAGGAGUGUUUGAACUCUCCACUCCCUCUGCUGUACGGAUUAAAAUAAUAUUUCUCAAG